CUUGGCCCAUUGUUCGACCUCGUCUAGACCGGCAAACUAAACCGAUCAGGCCCCGGAUAUACGUGCUCCAAAACGGUUACUUCAAAUAUAAAACCCAUCUUCCCAAGUCUCUCUCAAGUGUUCGCGAAAUCUCAUCUCUCUCUCUCACACACAAGGGAAAUUAUAUUAAAUCAAGUUUCUUUUUUAUCUCUGUAUUUAUUGUCCUUGGCAUUUCAAUUGAAUUUGAAUUUCUCUUAAACCAUGGUUGCCGGUACGAAAAUGAUAAACGUGAGGGUGACGACUAUGGAUGCCGAGCUGGAGUUUGCGAUCCAGCCGGCGACCACGGGCAAGCAGCUUUUUGACCAAGUUGUCAAGACCAUUGGACUCAGGGAAGUUUGGUUCUUUGGUCUUCAAUAUACGGAUGUUAAAGGCGACCUUACCUGGAUUAAACUUUACAAGAAGCCUGAAAGUAUGAUAGCAAGAAUGGUGAAAAAGGAAGUGAAAAAGAAAGUUCGAAAGUUGAAAGGCUACUCUGAUUCCGAUACUGAUGACGACGAAUAUGAUGGCAGUUUGGCUGGACUUUCAUUCUUGUCUAGGGUGGUUCCAUUCAAGCAUCGCAAAUUCAGCAAUGUGAUCAAUCAAGAAGUGAAAAAGGAGAAUCCACUUCAAUUCAAAUUUCGUGCCAAAUUCUAUCCCGAGGAUGUUUCCGAGGAACUCAUCCAGGAUAUAACUUUGCGCCUUUUCUAUCUUCAGGUGAAAAAUUCCAUCCUCACUGACGAUAUUUAUUGUCCACCCGAGACGUCUGUUCUUCUCGCUUCUUAUGCAGUGCAAGCAAGAUACAAUGAUUACAAUAAGGCAUUCCAUACAAUAGGUUUCUUGUCAAAUGACCGUCUGCUUCCGCAGCGUGUCAUGGACCAACAUAAAAUGAGUAAAGAAGAAUGGGAAACCUCUAUUACUAAUUGGUGGCAGGAACACCGUGGUAUGAUUCGCGAAGAUGCGAUGAUGGAAUACUUGAAAAUUGCUCAAGAUUUGGAAAUGUAUGGCGUCAAUUACUUCGAGAUUCGUAAUAAAAAGGAAACUGAACUCUGGUUAGGAGUUGACGCAUUGGGUUUGAAUAUCUAUGAGAAAAAUGACAAACUCACUCCAAAAAUUGGUUUUCCCUGGUCGGAAAUAAGAAAUAUUUCAUUCCAUGACAAAAAAUUCAUGAUCAAACCAAUUGACAAAAAGGCACCGGACUUUGUUUUCCUAGCACCACGUGUCAAGAUCAAUAAAAGGAUUUUGUCUCUUUGCAUGGGAAAUCAUGAACUCUAUAUGCGUCGACGUAAACCCGAUACCAUUGACGUUCAACAGAUGAAAGCUCAAGCGAAAGAGGAGAAGAUAGCACGUGAGAAGCAAAGAGAAAAACUUCAACUCGAAAUUGCAGCCCGAGAACGCGCUGAGAAAAAACAACAGGAAUAUGAAGAGAGGCUGAGGAAUAUGGCCGAGGAAAUUCAAAGGCGAAAUGCCGAAUUAACUGAAGCGCAAGAAAUGAUUCGUCGUCUCGAAGAGCAAUUGCGACAAUUGCAAGCUGCUAAAGAAGAAUUGGAAGAUCGUCAAAAGGAACUGACUGUAAUGAUGGAGAAAUUGGAGCGUUCGAAUGAAAUGGAAGCCGCCGAGCGAGCCAAACUUGAACAAGAGAUUAGAGACAAACAAGAGGAGGUCCAUCGCAUUCAAUCCGAAGUAGAAGUGAAGGAUGCUGAGGCUAGAAGGUUACAGGAAGAGGUUGAGGCCGCCAGAUUGCGACAAGAGGAAGCUGACAAAGCUUUCCAGGCGAAAGCAACAACACCUCUUCAUCAUCACGUUCAAGAAAACGAAGAAGAGGGUGAGGAGGAAGAGGGCGAAUACGAAGGAAGACACAGAGAUGUGACAAAAGACCUCAUCACCGAUGAGUCGAUAAUUGAUCCAGUUGAGGAGAGACGUACUCUCGAAGAAAGAAGUGAACGUCUUCAUUGUCAAUUGAAGGCAUUGAAACACGAUCUCGCUCAAUCACGUGACGAAACAAAAGAGACGGUGAUGGACAAAAUUCACAGAGAAAACGUUCGCCAAGGUCGUGACAAGUACAAAACUUUGCGCGAAAUUCGCAAAGGAAACACCAAGCGUCGUGUUGAUCAAUUCGAGAACAUGUAAAUUUUUAAAUUUUUAUUUCCUAUUUUUUUCCAAAAAAAAAAAAAAAAAACUACUAAGCAACACUUUAUCAUCCGAGACAAAUAUUGACCCGAUCGCAUGCAUGCAGUUUCUACGAUAGCAUUUUUUUUUUGUUUUAAUGGUCUAAACAAACAUCUCCAUUCUCGACAAUGAUUCUAUUUAUUUGUCGAAGCAUCGAGCGAAUAUAAAAUUCAGUCUUCCACAUUAAUCCAAGGAAGGAGAAGCAGCAAUAUUUUUGCGAAAAACAAAAUUACAGACACUUGGAAAAAUAUUUUUAUCACAUUUUUUCCGAGACUUUUGAACGACAAUCGCUGAUGUUAAAUUUUAUCGGUGAAAUCACUUUAGAUUUGUUUUUUUGUGUUUUUUUUUUUCUAUAACGAAACGUGUUCCUGAAGGUGUGCCAGUAUUCUCGAAAAGUAUUCUUUUUGCGAACUUUUCCUUGAUUACGUCCAGCAACACGAUUUGCACUGCCUGUUGGUUUUUUUUAUGGGUUUUUUUUGUUUGUUUAAAUAACAAAUCUUUAUUAGCUACUUUUACAGACUUUGUACGUAUUGUUGUAUGUACGUAGAGAAGAAGAUGGAAUCAAGAGGGAAAUUUUUGCGAAUAUAGAAUUAUAGAAUCGAGAUUUCUACUGGAGGCAAUCGAUUUUGUAACAAAGUGAUAUUCAAUAUCAAAAGAAAGGAUUUUUAUAUAUAUAUAGAUCAAUAUAUAAUAAUUGAGAAAAAUGCCUCGUAGGAUUUUUUCUUGCAUGGUGAAAUCUCAAGUUCAGUGGGAAUGCGAGAAAUAUAUUUGAAAAGUUAAAGAAAGACGAAGAAUUUUGAAAAAAAAGAAAUCUAGAGAAAAAAUUUUGGAAAUAUAGAAUCUGAAAAAAAAGAAACAAGAGUUUUAGAAAAAUACUCUUAAAAUAGAGACAAAUUUUUGGGAAAAAUUGAAACGCUAAUGAGAAAAUUUCCACUAUACGCGAGCUCACCAUGUCCUGUUUUUACAUUAUUAGCACGUUCGGAAUACGAUUUACUAAUUAGUGAUUUUAUAUCGAUCACACUCGUGGCCUUUAUUGAUUAUACAUAUUAGUACUAGUUACUUAUAUGUACGAUAGAAAAAAAAGAGAGAAAGAGAGAGAAUGUAUGUUUGCAUAUGUGAGAGCGCAAAGAAUUUUCAAGAGAAAAUAAAAAAAAGAAUGAAUGGAAGAAAACGACGUGGCGGUUUGGUACUCUGUGUGCUAUUUUUUUUAACAGAAUAAACGGCUCGUCAUUAAAAAAAAAAAGAAAUCAUUUUUAACACAAAAAAACUACUGCGAAUCUUUAAAGGAAAAGUAGUUUAUUUUUUGAAUCGAAUUAUUUCAAAAAAUUUACAAUUCUGAAUAAAAAAAUGUACCAACUAAGCGUUUUAUAAAUGCUGCCAAUUGUCAUUUCUUCAUGAAAUACAAGCGAUCAAUGAAAUUCAAAUGACAUCCGAAUUGAUCAGAAUUAAAAAAAAAAAAAAAAAAAUUGUCCGAAUGUCCGUCGAUAAUUAUUAUUCAUCAAUUGUAGUAUUAUCAAAACCACCACUCGUUACAAUCGUGAACAAGAAAUUUAAAAAAGCAUUAUCAAAUGAAAUAACGAUAGAUAUUUUUUCAUUAUAUUUAAUAGUAAUAUUUACAAAUUAGUAGUCUUAUUAUUAUUAUUAUAUUAUUAUUAUUAUAUUAUUAUAUUAUUAUUAUAUUAAUAUUAAUGUUUACAGUUUAGCAGUGUUAUUGAAAUACUAUUAAAUGUCAACUAUGGUCGUUUCAUUUUUCUACAAAUUAAUGUAGAAAUUUAAAUCGACAAAAAAAAGGAAACUUUUUUUAAAAAAUCUUUUGAACUGUUCCGCAAAGUGUUUUUUUUUUCUUUUUUUUUAACAGGAAAACAAAACAAAUAUUUUUUCUACCGUCGUCUUGAAAGUUUAAAACUAUUAACAAAAAAAAAUUGAAAAUAAAACAUUCCAGACGAACUCUACUGUGAAUUGUUUAUCUUUGCUACGACUAUACAAAAAAGAGGAAUUUUUUUAUAUAGAAAAUAGAUUGAUAUAUUAUAUAUUGGAAGCAAAACAGCGAAAUUUUUGAUAAAAAAAGAAAAAAUUUUUUUUCCGAACGGUACUUAAGUAAUUCAUCGAAUUAAAGUUUAUAUGCGUCCAAAUACAAAACUCGUCUUCUUAAAUAGUAUAUAUAUAUAAAUAGUGCGGACAUAGAAAAUUGCAAUGCAAUAUCGUACUACGUGUAAAUAAACAUUGAUCGAACGCCUAACAUUUUUCCAAAUAUGAUGAAUUAUUUUUAUCUAAAAAACAAAAUAAUUACUAUAUUUAUAAAUGAAAAAUGUAAUUUUAAAAACUGAAUUUUUACAACGUUUGUCACUGCUGUGCAAAAAAAAAAAAAAAUUAGAUUUUUUAUUCUCCUAUUAAGGUAGUUUAGAUGCGACAAUCUCUGUUAAAAGUUAAUUUUGAGAUUUUAAAGAUAUAUUUUUUCUUUUUAUAAAUCGGUAUGAAAAAGAAAAAUUGAUUUUUUUACAUAAAAAUAUUAAACUAAAGAACUUUAAACUCUUCAAUAAAAUUUUUAGUUUUAACUUUUGACAGUGAUUGUCGUGAGUUAACCACCAUAGCAAAAAAAAUUCUCCAAUUUUUCAUUUUUUGAAAAAAGUGAAGAAACUUUUUUUACAUAUUGAAAUACGUUUCAAUGGGAGAGAAAGUCAAUAUAUAUUUAAACGGCCAUAAAUGAAAGUUUUGAUUUUUCUUUUAUUCAAUAUUUUAACUGUUGUUUUACGAUAAUUCGUAUAUUAAUAAAGUUAUUAUAUUGUUGGGAUAAAAGAAAAUUCACGCACGCUGGUGAAAAUAACAAAAAAAAAAAAAAAAAAGACGGAAGACACUGUAAAUUAAAAGAAAAAUGUUGGUGCGAGGAUAUAUAUGAAAAUUAUACUUGUACUUUGCUGGAAAGGCUAGAGAUUGUUUAAAUAAAACUAAUACCGCAUA